AUGGUCGUAUUCGCUCUUCCCCCCUGGAUAGCUCGAUGCUGGCGCCCCCUUCCUGAGCCGGACGAGAUCUGGCAGGGAAAGCAGCCCCUUCCUACGCAGCCAUACAGCUCCCCAGGGCCCAUGGCUGCCAUAAUCCACCCCCAGCCACACCCUUCGACCGGCUCCCACAAUCUUACACUUGCUCACCCACAAGUUGCACGUCCUUCCCCUGCAUGGGUGGUGGGCAGUUGCCCAUACGCCCCAUCGAUCCACGCUAGACGCGCUAAGCCCACCUGGCCCGGGCCGCACAAUCACGUCUUGGCAAAGGCUGUUGACCCCACACCAAGACCCAAUGGCGAAACCACACCAGCAAUGGACGAAGCAUACUUUGGCUACCCACGUCGAUCCAUGGAAGUGGGAACCUCCACCCAAGAUAGACAUCGUGGAGCGAACCUACCAAAUGCAGUUGCCGACGGACGGAAUAGCCCCCCGGUCGAAUAUGAUGAAAAGACCAGAAGCAGCGAGGUACACUCGUUUCAUCCCGUCGGUUCUUUCAUGGACUUUGAGAGCACUCAGGAGAAUUGGUUGGAUAAAUGGCUGGGUAAAUCUUAUUUUGGAAAAGGCCGUGACGCACGAUAG